AUGGGGAUCCUCGGCCCUGCCAGCUCCACCCUGGCUUCCUGCUCUGCUGGCUCCACCCUGGUCCCUGGCUCCACCCUUAUUCUCUUCCUUAAUGCUUGCACCAUGGUUCAUGGUGUCCACUACUGCUCCCUAGACCAGGCUUGUUACUGUUCCAUGCUUCAUGUCCACCAUGAUUCCAUGAUACAGGUGGACCACUGUACCACAAACCUCUGCCCCACAGCCUUCACCACGCCCCUGGCCUGCCACUGCUCCACAGACUUCACCAUUACCCUGUACCUCAGACACUACUGGAAGGAUGAGCGAUUGUCUUUUCCCAGUAAAACCAAUAAAAGUAUGACUUUUGAUGGUCGAUUGGUGAAAAAAAUCUGGGUGCCUGAUGUGUUCUUUGUUGAUUCCAAACAAUCCUUCAUCCACAACACCACCACAGAGAACAUCUUGAUCAGGGUCUAUCCUGAUGGACACGUUAUCUACAGCCUCAGGGUGACUGUAACUUCAGCAUGCAAUAUGGACUUCAGUCGGUUCCCAUUGGACACACAGACCUGCACAUUAGAGCUGGAGAGCUAUGCUUACACUGAUGAAGACCUGAUGCUGUACUGGAAGAGUGGAGAUGAAUCACUGAGCACAGAUGACAAGAUCUCUAUGUCUCAGUUCCUCAUUCAGAAGUUUCACACCACCUCCAGACUGGCCUUCUACAGCAGCACAGGUUGGUACAAUCGUCUUUACAUCAACUUCACUCUGCAUCAUCAUAUCUUCUUCUUCCUGCUUCAGACCUACUUUCCCGCCACACUUAUGGUCAUGCUGUCAUGGGUGUCCUUCUGGAUCGACCGGAGAGCUUUUCCUGCUCGGGUCUCAUUAGGUGAAUUCAUUGGGGAGACCAGUGGGCUGGUUUGGCUGAAUGCUUAAAUCUGUCCAGGAUUUCACAGUCAGUUAUUGUUGAUGUAACCAGUUGUAGAUACAA